AUGCAAUGUUUGAGGCGUUACAGAGACAGCAAUAAGCCCCAUCCCCACAUUACUAAUGCGUUCAAAUAUCUCUCAAGUAUUAUUGCAACUCUAAUUGCAUUUUUGGAUAAGAAUAUUGUCGCUCCUACUCUUCCUGGAAGCAGCUGGAAUUAUAUGAGAACCACUUGGGUGGUUGCCAAUAUUAUCAGUUCUAUGUAUAAGCUACUUUGGGAUGUUGUGAUGGAUUGGUCUCUAAUGCAAUUCAAUAAGGAUUCAGAGCACAAACUAUUGAGAAAAGAGCUGUUCUUUCAUCCAUACUUUUACUAUUUUUCAAUAGUGACAAACAUUUUAGCAAGAUUCUUUUGGAUUGUCGUUUUACUGUUGAAACAGUUUUACAGUAAAUAUUUAACAGAUCAGUGGAUAGAAUUUCGUGCGACAAAUGAAAUUCCUCUGCCAUUUGAAAUUACUAGAAUGAUCAAUGCAAAAGAAAAUCACAAACGUGGACAUCCAAAAUCUGAGGAUGACAACAACAGGAAAAUUAGUCUCAAUCCGAAGAAUUUCCUUAAACACAGCAUCUCUCAUGUUUCAUCACUACUUGGUCAUGGAUUUGGUUCAAAUCAUAAUGUGAGUCCACGAAAAUCGGUUCAGCAAGAGCACGAAUAUGAGUUGGACAUGUAUCAUGUUUCUGAUGCAGUUAGCAAAACAAAUGUUGUUGAUAAAUCCAACUUGUCGAAUGGAAUAAGCAACCACGAUAAAGAUGUUGUGAUCGACAUCAAGGAUGAUGGAGAUGAGUAUGAUGGUGAGAUGAGUCCAUCCAUGAAGCCCAAAUCAAGAAAGAAGACCAUUGUUGUGGUUGAGGAUGAUGAAAUUCCAGAGACACCCCAUCUGACGACAAGAUUUGGAGACAUUUUCACCAGCGAGCCCGAAAAUCAGCAUAUGGACAAUGAGAAGCCAAACAAAACGGAAGAUCAAGAGAAGAAAUAG